AUCGAGUAUGUGUAUUUACACAAAGUUUUGUUUACACAAUACAGUACUUUAGUACAUGACUGUUCGUUGUGCAAUAACAUAUAUUGGUUAUUUACCUUACGAUAUAACAAAUCAUAUUGACAAAUUAUGGCAUCUACCAGCAGUAUUUUAUGUACCAUAUGUGAUUUACGACAUAAUCAAAUUCCCGCUAGAGUAUGGUGUCCAGAAUGCGACGAAGGACUGUGUGUCAACUGUCAAGAGCAUCAUGACCUUGCACGUUUAACGAGAGAGCACCGGUUGAUUAAAGUCGAAGAAUACGACAAACUGCAUCCUCUAAUGCAGAACAUCAAACAGUCCUGUGAGAAACACAAUGACAUAUUCGAAUAUAUCUGUCCUCAAGAUGAAACGCUUUGUUGCCGGAAGUGCAUCACCACUCAACAUAAAACAUGCACAAAUUUCAUGACCUUAGAAGAUGUCAUAUGUUCAUCGACGUCAUCAGUUUUGUUUGACGCUGUUGAGCGAAAUCUAAAUUGCCAGACAAGAAAUCUUGAAAUGGCCAAAAAAGAUCGCGAUGGAAAUAAAAAAUUGGUCAUAGAGCAAAAUGAAAAAUUUAGAAAAGAUAUCAAAACUAUGCGAGAGAAAAUAACAGAGUAUUUAGACCAACUGGAAAAGAAGACAUUUGACGAAUUGGAUUACUCCACGGAGUUACAAAAGAAUGGAAUAAGUAAGGUUAUUGAAGAAAUAAGUGAAAAGUCAAGGGCUCUCGAAAAGCUGAAAAAUGACAUGAUGAUCUUGAAAGCAAAUAAAAUAGAUCUAAAAGCUUUCUUAGCGAUGAGAAAAUUGAAUAAAGAUGCAACACUCUUAGAAUCAGAUAUAAAAGACUUCAUGCAGUCGUCUAAAUUUGAUAGGAUAAAUGUAGAUAUGAGUAUUGCAAGUGAAAUUGCUACUUUCUUAGCUAAGAUUAAAUAUCUAGGGACUGUGAGAAUUGUAACUAGGCCCCGAGCAAUAUCUAUGAUAGACUGGAGAAGAGGUAAGAUUCAAACAGCGAGAGAAGUACCAUCUAAACUUAUUACGAAUUGCGAAACCAGUCUGGUGCUUUCGUCAAAAAUCAAUGCACCCAAAGGAAAAGCCGGUAUAAGCAUCACUGGUUGUACACUAUCACCAUCCGGUCAAAUCUUACUGGCUGAUUUUUCUCCAAGUAAACGGAUUCUUACCAUUAAUGGAAAUGGAACAUAUGAGAAAGAUAUCAAUUUUAUAGACGUACCAGUGUUCGAUCUAACUUGUAUAGAUUCGACAAAAAUUGGGUUUUCCACCGGAAGUUAUCGCGAGGUGAAAAUUAUCGACACAGCUGCUCAAACAGUAUCAGAAAUAACUAGAACCUCUGGUAAUGUGUAUGGAAUCACUUCAGAUGAAGGAAGAUUGGUUUACUGUGUGGCAAAGCAAAAUAUAAAAUCUUUUAAUAUGAGCGAUGAAACUGAAUCCGAGAUUCAAAGCGGGAAUUUGAAAAACAACUCAUAUGUUUGCUGUUUCGAGAAUCGUCUUUACCACACAAGCCAGAAUGGAUUAUCAGUGAGCUGCAGUGAGUCAAACGGAAAGGUUUUGUGGACGUUCUGUUCCGAAAAACUCAAACAACCACGUGGUAUUACCGUAGAUAGUAGACGAAAUGUAUACGUAGUGGGAGAGGCCUCGAAUAAUUUGAUAGUUAUAACGGGAGACGGAUCCAAGUUUACUGAGUUAUUAACAAAGACCGACGAACUUAAAAAGCCAACAGCAGUUUGUUAUGAUCGAAAAAAUGAUGUUAUUAUUGUGUGUAAUAAAGACGGCUGUGUAUUCAUUUAUAAGGUUCAGCAGUGUGAAAAAGUAGAAAGCCAAUAAAGAAACACAACUCAAAGUUUGACAGUUGUAGCAAAUAAUAUUGAAAUAAAAU